AUGAUGUCCAGAAGUCGAGAAGCAAGAAGCAUUGUCGCUUCGCUAAGUAGGCCACACGUACUGCGAUCAUUCAGCCCUGCAUUGGCGCGUCCCAUUGCCAACAGCUUCCAUACAACAACUCCGACCAAAACAGAUGGCGUAUUUCAGGGCCUUGAGGACAAGAGGCAACCGAUGCCGUGGAUAGAGGCGUUCGAGCGUCAGCAAAAGGGUCUGCCGGCUCACAAGUCCGAUGACUAUCCCAAGGAGCGCGAUCUGACCCCCAAGAAAAUGAGCGACAGCUAUCAUCGCGUCGUGCUUCCUCUCAAGAAAGACCCUUGGCUGUCAGACACUUAUGUCAACUCUUCCGGUCACAUAAGACUAGGGACAUUAUUCAUGGACCUGGAUGCACUCUCUGGAAUCAUCGUGUACAAACAUACCGGCCCUGGAGUCACUACAGUGACCGCCGCUUUGGAUCGUAUCACAAUAGCGCACCCACUCACCGAAAUUUGCGACCUUGAGUACAGCGGCCAGGUCACUUAUGCCUCUGGCAGGAGUAGUGUUGAAAUCACCUGCAAAGUCGCCAAGGCUAGAGAAGAAGGCGAGCCUAGCAAGCCUGAGGAUGUACUUCUGACAUGCACCUUCACAAUGGUCGCCCUGGAUCCCAACACAAGAAAGCCAGUCAACAUCCCCAAGCUAGUUCCCACCAAUGCAGAAGAAGAGAAGAUCUUCAAGGCUGGAGAGGCAAAGUCGCUGUCCAAAAAGGAAAACUCCAAGGCUUCGCUUCUUCAGACUGAACCCAACGAUGCAGAAUCCGCUCUGAUUCAUCAGAUUUGGUUGAGGCAACUUGCCUACCAUGAUCCCAACAAUGAUCUUCGUCAACCAUCCAACGUCGUUGCUAUGUCCAAGACCCAGCUUUCCACAGCUGCGAUCAUGCAACCCCAGUACCGAAAUCGUCACCAGACCAUGAUCUUUGGUGGCUUCCAUUUGAAACAGACCUUUGAGCUUGCGUUCUGUUGUGCGGCCAGUUUUGCUCAUGCCCGGCCAACCUUUAUCAGCGCUGAUCCUUGCACGUUCCGAAAUCCCGUUCCUGUGGGAAGCGUUCUGUACCUGACCGCCACUGUCGCAUACACCGAUCCUCCUCUGUUGGAGGAAGACGGCACUGAGCCUGGCUUCUCAAACCCCGAGAAGCCCAUGACUCGUGUGCAUGUUCGAGUUGACAGCAAGGUCCGUGAUGUUGAGCAUGGUGUUGCAAAGCCAACUGGUCAGUUCAACUAUACCUUUUCUGUGCCCAAAGAUCUUAAGGUCUUGCCGCAUACCUAUGAGGAGUACAUGGUGUAUAUUGAUGCUAGGAGACGUGUUUCACUGGGUGAUAGCCAGCGAAAGGAAGAGUCAAAGGCCUUCUCGGAAAAGAGGCCUGAAGCCACGGAUAAUGUCAACCUGAUUGGAUGA